UGUACUUACGUUUAUUUAUAAGAAUUUUAAGUGAUCUGAUAUUUGACACGGUAGUUAAAAAAAUUUCGUGGAAAUUUCUUUAUUAAUCAGUGACAAACUAACGUAUUUGUGAAAAACUGUAAACAUGUCUGACGAGAAGAAGGAAACUAAAGCAGAAUCGGAGCACAUAAAUUUAAAAGUAUUGGGACAAGAUAGUGCAGUGGUUCAGUUUAAAAUUAAGAAGCACACACCACUCAGAAAAUUAAUGAAUGCCUACUGUGAUCGUGUGGGCUUGGCGAUAGCAGCAGUAAGGUUUAGAUUUGAUGGAGAACCCAUAAACGAAUUAGACACACCAACAACCCUUGAGAUGGAAGAAGGAGACACAAUAGAAGUUUAUCAGCAACAAACAGGAGGAUUGUGUUGAGAUUUAAGAUUGUCCUUCGAUAGUUUAAAAAUGGACUUGAUAAAAAAUUUCUGUUCCAGUGCUUACUUCAGAAAAGAGGCAUGAAUUAUAUUUCAUUUUUUCUGAUACAACAAAAUGCUUCGUUUCAUAAUGUAAUGUAAGGAAAACUGUUUACACAUUUUGUAUAUUUUAAACUGAACAUCUAUUAGGUUGUAGCAUAAAUAAAUUCGGUCAAGUAAAGAAAAAUAUUGAGUUUAACCGAACUUACUUAUGUCACAACCCAAUAAGUAUAGUUUGAUCUACAUGUUGGUUUUAUCUGAAAAGUCACUUUUUUACACACAUUUUAUAUUUCGUAAAAUAAUAACUUAAGAUUACAAUAAUUUUUUGCAUUGUAUUAUUACUUGAGAUUUUUAAUUAUUCUGCUUCCUUUUUAUUUAUAAAAAUUAGAAGAACUCUAUUUUUCUCAUAAUGCAUCAGUUCAGUAUAUAUUAAUUUGGCUGAAAAUAUUGCAAAACAGGCUUACCGCUAUGUUACUGUUAGUGAUAUACAUUCUAAAUGAAGGCACAUUAGUUGCCUCUUCAGCAUUUUGUACUAUGUAGAAAAACAUCUACAUCAUACAAACACAUGUUAUUUACAAUACAUAAGAUUCUUUGUAAAUGAUUUUCAUAAAAAAAAAUUUACUAAUGUAAAAUCUCAAAUUCUCUUAAUAAAUUUCAUCUUUAUAGGUGCAUCUGUUUAUUAUAACGAUGUACAGAUAGGACAAUGGCGAAAAACAUUAUUAGAAAAGUAUUGUGUUAAUAUUUAAUAAUGUAACUAUUUUUAACAAGUUCGUAAAAAUUUCGUUUGUGUUUCACAAUUCAACCCUAGUGUUAACAUUACAUUUUUACUUUCCAUGAAAAUAAUAUUACUUUGUACAUGAACAAAUAAUAAAUUGUGUCUUAUCUUUUCUA